AUGGCAUCACAGAAACGAGUACAAAAGGAGCUUGCAGACUGCAUGGCCAACCCGCCGUCGGGAAUGACUGUCAGCCUCCCGUCGGACGCCGACAUCUUCACGUGGCACGUGACGCUGGCCGGUCCUCCCGAAACGAUCUACGCGGGCGGGCAGUACGGUUUGGUGGUGAAGCUGCCCGCCGACUACCCAUUCAAGGCGCCCAUCAUCACGUUCGCCACGCGCAUCUACCACCCAAACGUGACCAACGACUCGGCCGGCAACAUUUGCAUCUCGGCCCUCAAGCCCGAGAACUGGAAGCCCGCCAGCAAGCUGCUCGGCGUUCUCGAGGCCGUCAGGAACCUGCUCAUCGAGCCCAACCCGGACGACCCGCUCGAGGCUAGGAUCGCAGAGGAGUACAAGUCCAACAGGCAGGAGUUUGAAAAGAACGCCAAGAGCUACGUCCAGAGGUACGCAAAGGGCCCGCCGACCUUUGCGAGCCCGCAGACCGAGGUGUCCAAGGAGUCCAAGUGA